GCGACCCCAGCUACCCUGCACGAAGGGCAAUGGCUAAACGACAAUAUCCUGAGCUUCUACUUUGAGUAUCUGAUGCACGACAUCCUCAAAGGCGACGACUCGGUACUGUUUCUGAAGCCAACAAUCUCAUACUACCUGACACACCAGGCAGCGUCGCCCAAUCUUCUGGCCCAGCCUGCCGACCCGUCGCGGCCGUUUAUGCGCAGGGGCAUAGCGCACUGCCUGGCGGCGACAAACUAUAGUGCAGCGUCGCAGACACAGCGCCGCAUCGACUAUCUUCUGGGCAACGAGCUGACGAAGAUUGUCAUGCACAGCUGCCCGCAACAGGAGAACGGAUUCGACUGCGGGAUGUUUGUGGUGCUGAGAUACGCGGACUUGCGGCUGCCAAGCUCGCCGCAGAUGCUAGAUAUCAGCGUGCCGGACUUGAUACAGCGGCCAAUGUCGCCGUUUGCAAAUUACAAAGCGCCGUUCACAUUCUUUAGACCGAUGAUGCUCAAGCCGCCAGUCAUCGAAAACACCUUCUGGUGGAUCGACUAUGGCGACCUGGUUCAUCCGAUAAAGGCUCGCAAGAUUCUGCUAGACCUCAUCCACAAUAUGGACUGCUAAGAAGAGCAUGCCGGUGUUUAUGUGACACCCCCAGAUCCAAAACACCGCGCGCUGGUAAGGUGUGCAGCCAUGCAGCAGGAUUGGCACCUGGCAACGCAGGCAGUUUUCUCACAAGCAGCAUACAUUUGGCUCUAAUAGCAUAAAUUUUGACCCUUCUAGCAGACGUGCCAAGAGGAAAGCGCAUGUGGAAAGUCAAACAGGUG